UCGUCUUAUAUUUGGAGACGGAAGGAGUGCCAAACUGCUUCCCCUACUUCUUGCGUGCCCAUUUCACAGAGCACGGCUCACGCCUCCGCCGCUGCCGCCGCCGCUCAUCCUCCUCAUCUCCAUCUCCUCCUCCGCCGCCGCCGCUCAUCCUCCAUCUCCUCCUCCUCCUCUACGUAGCCGACGCACGGCUUCCGCCUUCGCCAUUCUUCCUCUUCCAUCACGCCCGGGGCGCCACUCCUCUGCCACGCCCAUGUCCGGCGUCUGCCUCCGCCGCCGCCUCUCCUCCACCUCCACCUCCAACACGCCACCCUCACCUUCCUGGUCACCCCAGGCCGCCUUUGCCGCGGCCACGGAGCGCGCCCGCGCCGGAACGCUCAGCCCUCAAGACGCACACCACCUGUUCGACGAAUUGUUUCGGCAGGCCACUCCGGUUCCCGAGCGCUCCCUUGAAGGAUUCCUUGCCGCCCUCGGCCGUGCUGCAUCCUCUGAAGCCUGCAGAGACGGCCCCUCCCUUGCCCUCACUCUCUUCAACCGUCUCUGCCGAGAAGAAGCCGGCCGGCGGGUGGCGCCGCCCACAAUCUACACCUACGGCAUCCUGAUGAACUGCUGCUGCCGCGUGCGUCGUCCAGACCUAGGGCUCGCCUUCUUCGGCCGCCUCCUAAGGACCGGCCUCAAAACAAAUGAGGUCGUCGCCAGCACCCUCCUCAAGUGCCUCUGCUGUGCAAAACGGGCAGAUGAAGCUGUGAACGUGCUGCUUCAUAGGAUGUCCGUCCUCGGCUGUGUGCCUAAUUCCUUCUCAUACAACAUAGUUCUAAAGAGCUUAUGUGAUGACAGCAGGAGCCAGCGAGCGCUCGGCCUGCUCCAGAUGAUGGCAAAAGGAGGUGUCUGCUCCCCCAACGUUCUGUCAUAUAACACAGUCAUCCACGGCUUCUUUAAGGAAGGUGAAAUAGACAAGGCCUGCAAUCUAUUCCAUGAAAUGACGAAGCAAGGGUUUGUGCCUAAUGUGGUGACAUAUAACUCGGUUAUCAAUGCAUUGUGCAAGGCCCGAGCAAUGGACAAUGCAGAGUCGUUCCUUCGGCAGAUGGUUGAUAACGGUGUUCCACCUGAUAAGGUGACAUAUACUAGCAUCAUCCAUGGAUAUUCCACUUUGGGCCGAUGGAAAGAGGCAACUAAAAUGUUCAGAGAAAUGACAAGCAGGGGUCUUAUACCAGAUAUUGUCACUCGGAACUCAUUCAUGGACUCACUUUGCAAGCAUGGAAGAAGCAAAGAAGCUGCAGAAAUUUUCUUUUCCAUGGCUGCAAGGGGCCACAAGCCUGAUAUCGUCUCCUACACUAUUCUUCUCCAUGGGUAUGGCAAUGAAGGAAGCUUUUCUGAUAUGAUGAGUCUCUUUAAUUCAAUGGAAGGCGGCGGUAUUGUGGCCGAUUGCCAAGUUUUCAACAUAUUAAUUGAUGCAUAUGCUAAACGAGGAAUGAUCGACGAAGCUAUGCUCAUAUUUACUGAAAUGCUAGGACAAGGAGUCAAUCCGAGUGUAGUCACCUACUCAACUCUGAUAGCUGCACUUUGCAGAACAGGUAGGCUAGCUGAUGCUAUGGAUAAGUUUAGUCAGAUGGUUGGUACGGGAGUACAACCGGACACAGUUGUUUAUCACUCCCUAAUUCAGGGUUUCUGUACACAUGGCGAUUUGGUCAAAGCGAAGGAAUUGAUUUCUGAAAUGAUGAAUAAAGGUAUUAUUUGUCCAAACAUUGCAUUCUUCAAUUCAAUAGUAGACAGUCUAUGCAAAGAAGGAAGGGUUAUGGAUGCACACCAUAUCUUUGACUUGGUUAAAGACAUAGGUGAGAAACCUGAUGCCAUCAUGUUUAAUACGCUAAUUGACGGAUAUUGCUUAGUUGGUGAGAUGGGCAAAGCAUUCAUGGUACUUGAUGUCAUGACAUCAGCUGGCAUUGAGCCUGAUGCCAUUACGUAUAGUACACUUGUCAGUGGAUAUUGUAAAAGUGGAAGGAUCGAUGAUGGGUUGAUUCUGUUCAGAGAAGAAAUGUUGCAUAAGAAAGUUAAACCAACAAUUGUUACAUAUAACAUCAUAUUGGAGGGGUUAUUUCGUGCUGGGAGAACAGUUGCUGCAAAGAAAAUGCUCCAUGAAAUUAUCGGAAGUGGGACACCUGUGAGCAUGCAUACAUACGACAUAUUUCUUAGAGGACUUUGUAGAAAUAAUUGCGCGGAUGAAGCGAUCGUCCUAUUCCAGAAAUCACGUGCAAUGAAUGUGAAGUUCAAUAUCACAACACUCAAUACCAUGAUUAAUGCAUUCUACAAGGGUGACAGAAGAGAAGAAGCUAAUGAUUUGUUUGCUGCAUUACCAGCCAGCGGGUUGGUGCCUAAUGCUUCCACUUACGGAGUAAUGAUACAAAACCUUCUAAAAGAAGGAGCAGUGGAGGAAGCUGACAAUAUGUUCUCAUCAAUGGAGAAGAGUGGUUGUGCUCCUAGCUCUCGUCUUGUGAAUGAUGUCAUUAGAACUUUAUUGGAAAAGGGGGAGAUAGUCAAGGCCGGAAAAUAUAUGUCUAAAGUUUAUGGGAAGAGCCUAUCACUUGAUGCUUCAACUAGUUCGUUGUUGUUGUCUCUCUUUUCAGGGAAUGGGAAAUAUCGGGAACAAAUACAAUUGCUCCCUGCAAAGUACCAGUUUUUCGGUGGAAUCAGUUGAUGCACUGGACUUGGCAGAUAAGCCUUGUCAUGGUUCGGAGUUCUCUCUCAACGAUGUGGACAAGAGUCUCUUCCAUGCGCUCACCAAGAUUGAGCUGGGUGAUGGUGCCACCAUGGUGUUCUUGGCCGGUGCUUAGCUGCUAGGCGUGCAUCCAAUGUGCAAUGUUCCUAAUCUGCAAGUCUUCUCUACGCAAGGGCUGUAUGGUACGUGAUGCGUUUGAUAAUGGUGAAAAGAUAACUAAUAGUCAGGGGCAUAUCACGGUGGAUGUUAAUACUGAGUUCAUUGAGUUCUUUGCUACUGUAUUAGGCUGUUUUGAGUUCUCUGAACCUGAGCAUAUCUACUGCAUGUUGGGCUGAGGGUAAUUAUAAUGAACCUGAGCAUAUCGAUGGACUAUUCUAUGUUAUCAAGCUAUUUGGUGUUAACUGAACCUUCAGCACCAACAACUUACAGUGAUGGAGAGUUUAAUAAUUUUACUACCUGAACGAAAACUUGAGCUAUUAAAACCCAGAAAUCCGUUGGUGCUCCCGGCCUCCCGGGAGCGCACGCUCCUGCACGCGAGAAAAAUAUUUAAAAGCGUGAAAAAAUUCCAAACAAAAAUUUGGUGCAUACAUCUAGACAUAUAUGUGUGCACCUCAAGUUUCGGAGAAAACCGACAUUUUUUGUGGCUUGUGUAAAAAAGACAGAAGGAUGUCUUGUGAAAAGCAUUUUUUAACACCGGAUUUUGUCUUUUUCACAUGCGACACAUAAGUUGUCGGUUUUUCGCAAAAUGACUUUGUAAGCAUGUAGAAUAUCGAGAUGUACGCGCCAAAUUUUUGUUUAGAAUUUUUUGAUAUUUCAAAAUAUGUUUAAAACACAUUUUAAAAACCAGGAGCGUGCGCUCCCAUGUGCUAAAACACCAAAGGGACCUCUUUCUUCUUUCUUCGACGUGAGAGGAGCCUGUGUACAGCCCUCUUGCUUCAAUUUCCUAAAAAAAAUGGUACCUCGAUAGCAAGUUUAGUAAUUACUCAUGGUGAUCUGAACAGAAAAUAGUGAGCUUGAGUUGUUAAGGAAACAGCCACCGCCAGGAACCCAUUCUGCAAGAUCUGAAUAGAAAGAAGCCAUGCUAUCAGAUUCAGUUGGCCACUCUGUUCCCGCCAGUGUGCUCCAUG